AAUUAAAUCAAUAUCUAUGAUUCUAUCACACAUAUAUAUAUAUAUACAUUUAUCUCGCAAUCGCAGACCUCUCUUAUCCCGUGCCAUUCGAAUUUUCUCGAGAAAGUGACGACUGAGAAAGAAAAUGGCUCCGUAGCUGCAACUCUCGCGAUUUCGAUUCUCCCUUCCUCUCGCCUUCUCGUAUUUGCUCAUCGCCUGUAUCAGGUAGGUGUGAAAACGUUUUGUUGGAUUAGGAGUGUCAUGGCACAGCCAAGGUACACUAGGAUAGACAACACCAGGAGGCCGGCGUCGAGCUAUUGCUCAACGGUGACUAUAGUUGUGUUCGUGGCGCUAUGCUUAGUCGGGAUUUGGAUGAUGACGUCAUCCUCUCUUGGACCAGAUCAGAGUGUUGACGUGGUUCCUCUUGACAACAAAGAUGGGAUCAAGAACCAGAUGACCCCUCCUGAAGACGCAGCUGGUGAAACACCCAAGGAGGAGAAAAAAGGAGAUGGUGAUGAGAGCUCAAGCAAGGAAGAGAAGACUAAAGAAGAGUCUACUUCAUCUGGUGAGACGAAAAGUGAGACUGAAGGUUUGAAAGACAACCCGGAAGAAGAGAAUCCUGACUCUAAUGAAAAGCAAACUAAGCCGGAGACGGAGGAUAAUGAGUCCGGUGAGGAUGGUGAGAACCAAAAGAAGUUCGAGGCUGAUGGAAUUGAGAAAAAGUCCAGUGACGAUGAGACAGGCAAUGAAGGUGCUGAAACAAAGCCUGAGAAAGAAAACUCCAAGACAAAUGUGGAGCAAGAGAGUCAACCUAAAAACGAGACCUCAGGUGGGGCACAGUUAGAGCUAGUGAAUGAAACUAUUGCGCAAAACGGUUCGUUUUCAACUCAGGCCACAGAAUCCAAAAAGGAGAAAGAAGCUCAGAAGAGUUCUGGUGAUCAAAUUGAUUUCAAAUGGAAGGUCUGCAAUACAACCGCCGGGCCGGAUUACAUCCCCUGUCUUGAUAAUGUGCAAGCCAUUAGGAGUCUUAAGAGUACUAAACAUUAUGAGCAUCGUGAGAGGCAUUGCCCAGACAGCCCACCCACCUGUCUCGUUCCUUUGCCUGAAGGAUAUAAGCGGCCAAUUGAGUGGCCGAAAAGUCGAGAAAAGAUCUGGUACACCAACGUCCCUCAUACCAAGCUUGCUGAGUAUAAAGGGCAUCAAAAUUGGGUUAAAGUGACCGGUGAGUAUCUAACAUUUCCCGGAGGAGGAACCCAAUUCAAGCAUGGUGCUCUUCAUUACAUCGAUUUCAUACAGGAGUCUGUCUCUGAUAUCGCUUGGGGUAAACGCUCGCGUGUGGUCUUGGAUGUUGGGUGUGGUGUUGCAAGCUUUGGAGGUUUCCUCUUCGACAGAGACGUGAUCACAAUGUCCCUUGCACCUAAAGACGAACAUGAAGCUCAAGUGCAGUUUGCUCUUGAGAGAGGCAUUCCUGCUAUUUCUGCAGUGAUGGGCACUACGAGGCUACCUUUCCCUGGCAGAGUUUUCGACAUUGUUCACUGUGCUCGCUGUAGAGUGCCAUGGCACAUAGAAGGUGGAAAACUCCUUCUGGAGCUAAACCGUGUAUUGAGACCCGGAGGCUUCUUUGUGUGGUCUGCUACUCCUGUUUAUCAGAAGAAGACAGAAGAUGUUGGAAUCUGGAAAGCUAUGAGUGAACUCACUAAGAAAAUGUGUUGGGAACUCAUAUCUAUUAACAAGGACAAGAUCAACGGAAUCGGUGUAGCUACUUACAAAAAGCCUACUUCAAAUGAAUGCUACACAAGCAGAUCAGAACAAAAUCCUCCAAUUUGUGCCGAAUCUGAUGACCCAAAUGCAUCUUGGAAAGUCCCACUUCAAGCAUGCAUGCACACAGCACCAGAAGACAAAACGCAGCGUGGAUCUCAGUGGCCGGAGCAAUGGCCAGCGAGAUUAGAUAAACCACCGUACUGGCUAUCGAGUUCGCAGACCGGAGUUUAUGGAAAAGCGGCACCAGAGGAUUUCAGCGCUGAUUAUGAGCACUGGAAACGAGUAGUGACCAAAUCAUACCUUAAAGGCUUAGGAAUCAACUGGGGAACUGUUAGAAAUGUCAUGGACAUGAAAGCCGUUUAUGGAGGAUUUGCAGCGGCUCUAAGAGAAAUGAAAGUGUGGGUGAUGAACGUGGUUCCAAUAGAUUCACCAGACACGUUAGCAAUAAUCUAUGAGCGAGGACUGUUUGGUAUCUACCACGAUUGGUGUGAAUCUUUCAGUACUUACCCGAGAUCAUAUGAUCUUCUUCACGCCGAUCAUCUUUUCUCCAAACUCAAACAAAGGUGCAAUCUGACGGCGGUUGUUGCGGAGGUGGAUAGGGUACUGAGACCGGAAGGGAAGCUGAUAGUGAGGGACGACGCGGAGACGAUACAAGAGGUGGAAGCGAUGGUGAAAGCGAUGAAAUGGGAAGUGCGUAUGACUUACUCGAAGGAAAAAGAAGGUUUGCUUUCUGUUCAAAAGUCAAUUUGGCGACCCGAAGAGGUAGAGACUCUCACUUACGCUAUCGCCACUUGAGAUUAAAAAAAACUUAGUCCGAGUCGGUCUCUUUUUGUACGUAAACACACGCUCUUGUCUUAACUCCUUGUUAUGAUCAUCAUCAUCAUCAUUUCUUUUUCAAUCUUUAGGAAAUUCCUUUUAUUUUUUAAGGGUCGAGUAUGAGUUUAGUUAUGUGUUUGUACUAUUCAAAUUUUUUUCUUCGUAACGUUCUUGAGGUUGUUCUAUGGUAAAGUUAGAAUAAUGUGAGAUGUAA